AUGUGUUUUUUGUGCGUGCUUAUACUUAUAGACGUUGUCACAAUAACAACGAUGGCGAAAACAAUAACAAAAAAAACAAAAAAAGAAGCAAGCAAACAAUGUCGCAACAACGUUUUUAAAUAA